GUGGCAGAAAUAUGGCUGGAAAUUUUGAUUUGUAGCCUAAGGCAGUCUUUAGUUGGAGAUGGAGGUUUGCCUGUGUGGGAGAAUUAUCUAAAGCUGCUUUCUGUCAUAGUUUUCUUCUAGGACAGUGAUCUAUACAAGAUAAACAUUUAGAAUAUGUCUUGACUGAAAUUGAAGAAUUAGUGCCUCAUUUUUGCUUUUGCGGAGGAGUUUGACUCUGAAGACCUCACUGGUUGUACUUGGCUUUCAGUAUAUACCAAAUGUGAGUUUAAUUAUGGAAGGUGGUGAACCUGCUUUAAAGCAGCUGUGGCCAAGGUGAAUGCAGCCCUGGUUUUUUUUUUCAUUAGUUCCUGUCUUACCAACUGGUGAAAUCAAAGAAAUAACCUAGUACCUAUAAAUAUGUUUUGGUUUUUGAUUUGUGCCUUUAAAAGACACCAGUCUUUCCCAAAAAGCUGGCAGGAGUAGAAGAAUUUGUGUAGCAUUGAGGAAUGGGAGGCACUGGUGGGACGUUAGAACUUUUCUGCAAAGGCAACUGAAUGCUCAGUGGGCAGGUAGUCAGCAUUGCUGAUUUUUAAUUUUUUUCUUUAUUUUUUUUCCCCCCAACUGAUGCUUUUGAAAAGUUGUGUAAAAGUUGCUUCAAUUAAUGAGCUUCAUCUUUUUGAGAAGCCUUUCCUUUUCACUGGUGGGAGAAUAUACGAUAAAGUACUUGCUUGAUUAGUCUUUGUUUUCAUGUGUUUUAGUAGAUAAAAUGGAGAUUGUUCUUAAAAGCUAAGCUCCACUUUGCAUAAUUGCAGCAACAGUGAGUACUAGAUCAAACAGUAAUUAGCUGAACAACUGGCUAAUGACCACUGGAAGAGGAGAGAAAAUGGGCAGGAGAGAUGCAGUGUUGUUGAACCUCUACCACAUUACAUUCUGGUUGAGAGUCUUUACUAGGAAAAAAUGGUGGUUACUUGGCAUACUGCUUUUUAGUGUGACUCUACUGAUCACCAUGUCUCCUGAAAGAUAACCCUUAACUGCAGCCUACAGAAAGAAGUAAGAACUGGUACUGGAAUAUGUGUUCAAGGUAUAAUCAGAUUUAUGUAUUUUUAUAUUGAAGCUAAUAACAGAUGUUAUUAGUGUUUUUGGUUUUUGUUCUUUAAUGUGAUAAUGGCGUUCAGUGAAGGUGCAUAUAAGAAUUUUCUUGAUGUAUAUGUUUGCUGGGACAUAAAUGUUUCAUUUUUAGAGUUUACUGAUUUGCAGUUCUGGCUGUGUGUAAAGUAAGAGGUAAAUUGAGAACUGAGUUACAAAACUUGGAAGCAACUCCAGGGACAACUUGGAACAACAUCCAGGCCUACUGCUAUACUCUGCUGAGAGAUGUUGGUAAAGGUCACCUUAAGUAUCAGAGGAAGGUUAAUUAGGAAAAAAUAUCACCACCAAAAGAAACCCACUGGUUAUUUCUUCUAAUAAACAUUGGGAUCUGGCAAAUUCCCCCACCAUGUUCAUGGCUCUGUUCCUGUAGCAGAGCCAUGUAACUGAUGUGUUUGUUGAAGGUGCUGUUGCUGCUGUGUGGUGUUCGCAGCAGACAAGUGUUCAGACUGUUGGUUCAGCUGAAGGGUGAUCUUGCCAAAAGGGCUUUUUGUGUUUUGAACAAAUUGCACAAAUUGAUUCUUUUGUGUACCUAAAGGAUGAUGGAGGCAUAUGAUGCAUCCAUAAUUGAACUUGCCAUGUAGUCCUGCUCAGUUUAUCAGUUUGCUCUGUGAAUUGCUUAUAUGGCUGCAACUGUAACUAAAUUUUGCUUGGUAAGGUUUUUACAAAAGAAGAGAAUGAAUUUAGAAAGUGUAUUUUGGAGGAAAAGGGAAUUUUUGGUGUGUGUAUCUCAGUCAUGAUGCUGUUGCCAUUAAAUCAGAUCUACUUUUGAUAUUUUUUAGGUGAAGACUAUUCUUUGGACUUAACAGAUGUUGGUUCUGAUAGGAAUAAAAAUCUGAAGAUUUUUGUAAACCUUUUUUAGAACAGCUAUCUAAAGGAAUUGAUGAGCAGGGUUUCACUGUGGUAUGAUUCAUCAGAAGUAGAUUGUGAUGUCCACUGGGAGUUUUUGCUGAAGUUGCAUGUGUCUGCUUUCUCAGGAAUUUGGAUAGUUUUACUAGCUGCUGCUUCUUUGAAGAGAGAUUACCUGUGUCCUUCUUCAGAUGCCUGUGGUAUUUUCAAGAGGAACCAUUCUUCUGCUUAAAAGAAGCAUAAGCCAUUCAAUUACACCUCUGACAUUUUGGAGCUCAAGUGAUGUUAAAACUAUUUGAAUGUAUUGGAGCAUGGCUGCUUCUUAAAAUGCAAAAGUUAAAGGAAAUUAUUGCUUAUCAAAACCUACUGAAUAUCUGAAUUUUCUGGACAUUCAGCAUUUAACUGUGUCCUUAAAUGUCAGUGACUAAGAUCUCAUGCAACCAUUGUAUAUUUUGGAGACUAUUCUCCAGAAGAGAACUGUGCAUUUAAAAAGCAGAAAUGACUGUGGGCUUUUUUGGAACUUACUAAGGUUGAACAUACUGAAAGACCAUGACCAGCUUGAAGCGGUCCCAGACCGAAAGGGCUGUUGCCACUGGGGUAUCAGUCGGAACAGAUGGCACCUCAAAAGUCCACUCGGAUGACUUCUACAUGAGGCGCUUUAGGUCACAGAAUGGCAGCUUAGGAUCUGCAGUCAUGGCGCCAGUUGGACCUCCUCGCAAUGAGAGCUCCCAUCAUGUUACCUCUACCCCUGGAGUCCCUAAAAUGGGGGUCAGGGCAAGGAUUGCUGAUUGGCCCCCAAGGAAGGAGAACAUCAAGGAGACAAGCAGAUCUAGUCAAGAUAUUGAAACGUCAAGUUGCCUUGACAGCAUGUCUUCUAAAAGCAGUCCUGGGAGUCAGGGAAGUUCUGUUAACCUGAAUGCUAGUGAUUCUGUUAUGUUAAAGAGCAUCCAGAGCACACUUAAAAACAAGACCAGACAAUCUGAGAAUCUAGACUCCAGGUUUCUUACACCUGAUGGCUAUCCCAGUUCCCCAAGGAAAGCUCUUCGCAGAAUACGACAGCGCAGCAACAGCGACAUCACCAUAAGUGAGCUUGACGUGGAUAGUUUUGAUGAAUGUAUUUCACCCACAUUUAAAUCUGGACCAUCUCUGCACAGAGAGUAUGGCAGCACAUCUUCCAUAGAUAAGCAAGGAACUUCAGGGGAAAGUUUUUUUGACUUAUUGAAGGGCUAUAAAGAUGAAAAGUCUGAUCAGAGAAGCCCAGGCUCAACUAAACUCGGUGAGCUUCUGAUUGCCAGUGGAAGCAAGGGUUCAGGAUUCUCUCUAGAUGUGAUAGACGGACCUAUUACUCAAAGGGAAAACCUGAGACUCUUUAAGGAAAGGGAGAAGCCACUCAAGAGACGCUCAAAAUCAGAGACAGGAGAUUCAUCUAUUUUUCGUAAGCUGCGUAAUGCCAAAGGUGAAGGGGAACUUGGGAAGUCUUCAGAUCUUGAAGACAACAGGUCUGAAGAUAGCAUUAAGCCUUGGACUUGUCCAAAGUGUUUUGCUCAUUAUGAUGUACAGAGUAUUUUAUUUGAUUUAAAUGAAGCAGCAAUCAAUAGGCAUAAUGUUAUUAAAAGAAGGAACACAACGACAGGUGCAUCUGCUGCUGCUGUAGCAUCACUUGUCUCUGGACCCUUGUCCCAUUCUGCAAGUUUCAAUUCUCCAAUGGGCAGCACUGAAGACCUGAAUUCAAAAGGAAGUCUUAAUAUGGACCAGGGGGAUGAUAAAAGCAAUGAACUAGUGAUGAGUUGUCCUUAUUUUCGUAAUGAGAUUGGUGGGGAAGGGGAAAGGAAGAUCAGCCUUUCCAAAUCUAAUUCAGGUUCCUUCAGUGGAUGUGAAAGUGCCUCAUUUGAGUCGACUCUGAGUUCUCAUUGCACAAAUGCUGGGGUUGCAGUUCUGGAAGUUCCCAAGGAGAAUCUGAUUUUACAUCUAGACAGAGUGAAAAGAUACAUCGUUGAACAUGUAGACCUUGGCGCAUAUUACUAUCGAAAAUUCUUCUACCAGAAAGAACACUGGAACUAUUUUGGGGCAGAUGAGAACCUGGGUCCAGUAGCUGUGAGUAUAAGAAGAGAGAAGCCUGAGGAAAUCAAAGAAAAUGGACCUCAGUACAACUACCGGAUCAUAUUCAGAACCAGUGAGCUCAUGACAUUAAGAGGCUCUGUGCUGGAAGAUGCUAUCCCUUCUACUGCAAAGCAUUGCACAGCCAGGGGACUUCCCCUAAAAGAAGUGCUGGAGUAUGUGGUUCCAGAGCUGAAUAUCCAUUGUCUAAGGCUGGCCUUCAACACCCCAAAAGUCACAGAACAGCUUAUGAAGCUUGAUGAGCAAGGGUUAAGUUACCAGCUUAAGGUGGGUAUCAUGUACUGCAAAGCUGGGCAAAGCACAGAAGAGGAAAUGUACAAUAAUGAAUCAGCAGGUCCAGCCUUUGAGGAGUUUCUUCAGCUCUUGGGAGAGCGAGUUCGACUCAAGGGAUUUGACAAGUACCGUGCUCAGCUGGAUACAAAAACUGAUUCAACAGGUACUCAUUCUCUGUACACAACAUACAAGGACUAUGAAAUCAUGUUCCAUGUUUCUACUAUGUUGCCAUAUACUCCAAACAACAAGCAACAGCUUCUGAGAAAACGGCAUAUUGGAAAUGAUAUUGUGACAAUAGUUUUCCAGGAGCCUGGAGCACAACCAUUCAGCCCAAAGAACAUCCGCUCCCACUUCCAGCACGUCUUUGUCAUUGUGAGGGUGCACGGUCCCUGCACAGACAGCGUUUGUUACAGUGUUGCUGUGACAAGAUCCAGAGAUGUACCAUCCUUUGGCCCACCUAUUCCAAAAGGUGUGACAUUUCCUAAAUCAAAUGUGUUCAGGGACUUCUUACUGGCCAAAGUCAUCAAUGCAGAAAAUGCUGCUCAUAAAUCAGAGAAGUUCCGUGCGAUGGCCACCAGGACCCGGCAAGAGUACUUGAAAGACUUGGCAGAGAAGAAUGUCACCAACACACCCAUUGACCCUUCCGGCAAGUUCCCCUUCAUCUCACUUGCUUCAAAAAAGAAGGAAAAGUCCAAACCUUAUCCAGGAGCAGAAAUCUACAGUUCUGGUGCUAUUGUCUGGACUGUCCAUGCAAAAGACUACAGCAAGGGUAUGGAAAUAGACUGUCUCCUAGGCAUCUCUAAUGAGUUUGUGGUCCUCAUUGAACAAGACACAAAAAGCGUGGUGUUCAAUUGCUCCUGUCGAGAUGUGAUAGGAUGGACUUCAACAGACACAAAUAUCAAAAUAUUCUAUGAGAGAGGUGAAUGUGUUUCUUUGGAGAGCUUCAUCAGCAACAUUGAUGACAUCAAAGAGAUCGUCAAAAGGCUGGAGCUGGUGACCAAGGGCUGUGAAACCGUGGAGAUGACCCUGCGCAGGAAUGGCCUGGGCCAGCUGGGUUUCCACGUGAACUAUGAGGGCAUCGUGGCCGACGUGGAGCCCUAUGGCUACGCCUGGCAGGCGGGGCUGCGCCAGGGCAGCCGCCUGGUGGAGAUCUGCAAGGUGGCUGUGGCCACCCUGAGCCAUGAGCAAAUGAUUGAUCUGCUCAGGACAUCAGUCACAGUGAAGGUUGUCAUUGUCCCUCCCUAUGAGGACUGCACACCACGCAGGAGUUCUUCAGAAAACUACCGUAUGCCAGUGAUGGAGUACAAAGUGAAUGAAGGAAUGUCAUAUGAAUUCAAAUUUCCCUUCAGAAAUAAUAACAAAUGGCAGCGAAAUGCGAGCAAAGGACAGGGACCUCAUGUGGCUCAGGUGCCAUCUCAAAUCCAAAGCCCAGUGCCAUCUAGGAUUAGCUCUGGAAAAGGAGAAGGGAAAAUGCCACCCCCAGAACGAGCCAACAUUCCCCGAAGCAUCUCGAGUGAUGGGCGCCCGUUGGAGAGCCGGAGGCUGUCCCCUGGCUCCGAUGUCUAUGUCACCGUCUCCUCUAUCGCCUUAGCAAGGUCGCAGCAGUGUCGCAACUCUCCAAGCAACUUAUCCUCCUCCAGUGACACCGGCUCUACUGGGGGCACGUACAGACAAAAAUCUAUGCCAGAAGGGUUUGGAAUUAGCCGCAGAUCCCCCGCUUCCAUUGACAGGCAGAGCACGCAGUCGGACACGGGUGGCAGCGGCAAGUCCACGCCCAGCUGGCAGAGGAGCGAGGACAGCAUCGCUGACCAGCUGGAGCCAACGUGCCAUCUCCCAGCAGUCUCAAAAGUACUGCCGUCCUUCCGAGAGAGCCCCAGUGGAAGACUGAUGAGACAGGAUCCCGUGGUACACUUGUCUCCAAAUAAGCAGGGUCAUUCUGACAGCCACUACUCCAGCCAUUCCAGCAGCAAUACACUGUCCAGCAAUGCCUCCAGCGCUCACAGCGAUGAGAAAUGGUAUGACAGUGGAGAGCGCACGGAGUCGGAGCUCAACAGCUACAACUACCUUCAAGGGACAUCAGCCGACAGCGGCAUCGACACCACUUCCUAUGGGCCCAGCCACGGCAGCACCGCCUCCCUGGGGGCUGCCACCUCGCCCCGCACAGGCCUGGCCAAGGAGAAGGUGGCCCCGCUGUGGCACAGCUCCAGCGAAGUGGUCUCCAUAGCAGACAGGACAUUGGAAAAGGACAGCCACAUGGACCGGAAAGCUGAAUCUUCACUCAGCCUGGAUAUUCACAAUAAGAGUCAGCCUGCCUCCAACCCUCUCACAAGGGAGAACAGUGCUUACAGUUUAAGUGAUGCUGUCUCACAUACAAGUACCAUGAGCUCACGACACUCUGCCAGCCCUGUUGUUUUCACCAGUGCCAGAAGCUCACCUAAAGAAGAGCUUCAUUCUGCUACUUCUCCCCAGCUUGCACCUUCUUUCUCCUCCUCCUCUUCCUCCUCGUCUGGUCCUAGGACUUUCUACCCUCGCCAGGGUGCUACUAGCAAGUAUCUGAUCGGAUGGAAAAAGCCAGAAGGGACGAUAAACUCAGUGGGGUUUAUGGAUUCAAGAAAACGUCACCAGAGUGAUGGCAAUGAAAUGGCCCACCCUCGGCUGCGGGCGUCGGCAAGAGACCUGCGGGCGUCCCCAAAACGAGCGUCCAAGUCCACUGUCGAAGAAGAGCUGAAGAAAUUGAUAGAUCUUGAUAGCCCAACACCUGAAUCCCAGAAGAAUUUUAAGUCACACACUCUGUCCUGUCAGUCUCCCUUUCCCAGCACUCCUACCACAAGGCGUGCCUUGCAAAGGACUUUGUCAGAUGAGAGUAUUUACAGUGGUCAAAGGGAUCACUUCUUCACCUCGCGGGCCUCGCUCCUGGACCAAGCCAUGCCAAAUGAUGUUCUGUUCACCAGCACCUACCCUUCUCUCCCAAAGUCGCUGCCCUUACGGAGACCAUCCUAUACUUUGGGAAUGAAAUCACUACAUGGAGAGUUUUCUGCCUCAGACAGCUCCCUCACAGAUAUCCAGGAGCAAAGACGGCAGCCCAUGCCAGACCCUGGUCUUAUGCCAUUGCCUGAUGCUGCCUCUGAUCUGGAUUGGUCAAACUUGGUAGAUGCUGCCAAAGCUUUUGAAGUUCAGCGAGCUUCAUUCUUUGCUGCUGCUGAUGAAAAUCACAGACCUGUGAGCGCUGCUUCCAGCAGUGAUCAGGCUGAGGACCAGCUUACUGCACAGAUAAAGCCUUAUACAGGUAAAGAAUCCCCUCCAACUCUCGCCUCUAAAGUGGACCAACUGGAAGGUUUGCUGAAGAUGCUGCAAGAAGAUCUAAGGAAGGAAAAAGAGGACAAGGCCAGCCUUCAGGCUGAAGUGCAACAUCUGCGGGAAGACAACUUGAGGUUACAGGAGGAAUCCCAGAAUGCAACUGAAAAGCUGAAGAAAUUCACUGAAUGGGUUUUCAACACAAUUGAUAUGAACUGAGAACAGUGUACGGGGAAGGAAACUAUCUGUUAUGAAUAUUAUUACUGGGACUUAAGCUUUAAUGCCACCUUAAUUAUGACGUGAAAGUAUAGUCAGAGCAAUUCCCUGUUCUUCAUCCUCCAAUAACCCUUUUUUGCAUCUCUGCGCGCACUCAGAACAAUUGCAGAUCAACAAUCAAUGUCUGCCUUUUGUAGAAAAAACAAAGUAAAUAAUUUUAAAAAGGUAAAAUAAAAUAAAAGUUUAACUGCUAAAAUGUGAAUGUCUAUUUUUUGCACAUUGUCUCUUUAUCUGUUAUGUACAAAAUGAUUUGGAGGCCAGGAUCAGGCUUACUGUUCCAUCUGCCUCUGUUUCCAUUAACUCCUUUCUCUCUGUUUCAGGUAAUCUGCUUUUCCUUGCAGCUUUGGCAAAUAUUAUGACAUCUAGAAAAUUAGAAAGAAAUGUUUACUUUACUGCUCUUCUAACAUUGUUUUCUGAAGUAUGCCACAGACAAGGGGAUGUAAUGCAAUUUUUUAGGUGUCUCCUUAGCAAUUUGCGCUUGGUUACUAGUGCUACCUUCCCAUACAUUGCAGAGAGCGCGUGUCCAUAGUGUAUGGUACAGUACAACCAGCAUCACAGCUUAGAGAGAGACUAGAGAGGUGAGCCAUGGGUCAGGCAUAUUAUCACACAUUGAUUGCAUUAGCAUUUCUGGUGGCCUUUCUUUCCUGUGGAAACAAUGGCUGCAAGUACCUUUGCAAACAGCAAAACUAGGCAUGCUGCAGUUCAUACCACAUCAGGCAGGCUGAGACAUCCGCAAUCCAGCAACAGUGCUCAGUUAAAUACAGCACCCUGCCCUUCCAGGGGAGUCUGGUGCUUGCAUACGUGCAGGAGACUUAAGCUGAAGUUGUAAAGAGAUUAAGAUUUUUUUUUCUCCCCCCUGAAAUGUUACCAUGAAAAACCACACAAACUAUCACUGUGUACCUGCCCUCCCAUUCUGUUUCCCUUGCUUUCUCAAAUCACAGCAGAUUUGAGAAAAGUUUAUUCAAGUUCUGGUUUGUUGCAUAAGAGUUCUUAUAAAUCCUUUACUAUGGAAGAUAGAGGAAUAUGUAAAGGGGAAUUAGAGAAGUGUAUUUUUCAAAGCACUGGGACAGGAUUGGAGCUCUGAAAUCCUGAGUCCCCAGAGAAACUGUCUCUCACGGGAUUUCCCAAACUGCUUCAUGCCAGCAAAGUUGAUUUCUUGUUCUUUGAAGGAACAGCUAACUUGCCACAACGUGUUACCUCUACAGAAAAUACCUUUUAGGUGUCAAAAUACAGCUUUUAAGCACCACGGUCUGCACAGGCAUUGAACUGUGCAGUGUGCUGAGAAACCUUUUCUACUCCCUUCUGAGGAUCUAGUUACUACCUUAGUAAAUAUUGCCUUCCAUAAAGUGCAGUGUAUGUGGGGGUUAAUUUCGAGAGCAUCCUCUCACUCCCCUAUUAUCACAUUCUCAAAUCAACAGAUUAAAAUCACUGGCACAGUCUUGUCAAAGACUUCCAUGCUCUCUUCAAAUCCCUUUUUCACAAUCUUUAAUCUUGCUGCACACAAGUACACACUACACUUCAACCUCAAACUUCAUUUGUGAUGCUAAUCCCCAUGGAGUUCUUCUCUAAUGUUUUGUCAUGGAAAUGGAUCUCUUUGGAACUAUUUCUGGAGUGCUUUUGUAAAGGUUUAGAAUGUCUUGGGUUUUUUAAUUACUUGUAUGAAGGAGAUUUAUAUAAUGCCUGAUAUUAUUUGUAAAUGGGAAAUAUUGCUAACAUCUCUGAGCAUCCUGAAGUCUUGCUUUUAUUCUCUUUUAAGUUUGGUUUUAUUUUAUUUCAAAAAAUAUUUUGGGACUUUGGGCAGACUAUUUAUUAGAGUUUUGCAACAGAGUUCUUCUUGUAUGAUGCCACUGAAGGCUACUUGUAAAAUUCUGACAAUAAAACUCAUUUUAAAGGUUCUUCUAAA